ACAUUUGUUACUAUUACUUAUAUUAUUUUUGCAUUUUCUCUCUCAAUAUUUUUUUCCCCUUCUCUCUCUUUUUAAUAUUUGCAUAGUACUACUACUACAUAUUGAAGAAAAUUAUUGAAGAAAAAAGAGUUUGAUUUUUGAUGGAUUUGAAAGAAACUGAGUUGUGUUUGGGACUACCUGGUGGUGGUGGUGGCGGAGGAGGUGAAUUAAUUCGCGAUAAUAAUAAUAAUAAUAAGAUUAAUGGGAAAAGAGGGUUUUCUGAGACUGUUGAUUUGAAGCUCAAUUUUCAUCAAGCUAAUGAUGAUAUUUCUUGUGCUAUGGAGAAUAAUAAGAUGAAGAAUAGUGUUACUACUACUAAAGAAGUUGUUUGUAACAAAGAUCCAAUCAAGCCACCUGCCAAGGCACAAGUUGUGGGUUGGCCACCAGUGAGAUCAUUUAGGAAGAAUGUAAUGGCUCAAAAGAGCAACACUGAAGAAAGUGAGAAGACUACUGUUGCAUUUGUCAAAGUUUGCAUGGAUGGUGCACCUUACCUGCGUAAGGUUGAUUUGAAAAUGUACAAAAGUUACCAAGAACUUUCUGAUGCUUUGGCUAAGAUGUUUAGCUCCUUUACUAAUGGAAAUUAUGGGUCCCAAGGAAUGAUAGAUUUUAUGAAUGAGAGCAAAUUGAUGGAUCUCCUCAAUAGUUCUGAAUAUGUGCCAACCUAUGAAGAUAAAGAUGGAGAUUGGAUGCUUGUUGGAGAUGUACCUUGGGAGAUGUUUGUUGACUCAUGCAAGCGUUUACGCAUAAUGAAAGGAUCAGAAGCUAUUGGACUUGCACCAAGAGCUAUGGAGAAAUGCAAGAGCAGGAUCUAAGCCAAUUGAUGGUGUGCAAAAACUCCAUAGAUAAUGUUUGAAGUUGAAGGUUUUGUGAGAUUAAUAUAUUAUUGUUUUCAUGUGCUUGUAUUUUAAUUUUAAUUAGUAUAUAGUUAAUUAAAGAAGUGAUCUUUAAUUUGGACAAUAUUUGUAAUGAACAUGAUGCAAUAAACUUAAAACCCUCUAUUGUG